ACUCAAAUGACCCCUUCCAAAACAAACAAACAUAGAAUCAAAUCUCAAAAAAGAGAAGGAUUCACUAAAUUACAUAACGAUUGUCUAUCUUACCAAAAUGGUAAUCCUAACUUAAAAUUCAAAACACAAUCAAACAGACCAACAGUGAUUUCUUCUACACAACUACUCUGGCUCUUUGUUGACGCGCGGUGUACCUAACCUAUGAAAAAUUGCGCGGCGGGGUAACAUAUGCAAUAGUUAUCGAUAUCGCAAGUGGAUCCUGUCAUACCCACAGGUCACAAAGCUAUUUUGCUUGCUCCAGUCGUCAGGCAACUGUGGAGGCUCGCAGCUGAUCAAGUAUGUGCACAGAAUCGCGCUGAUGCAAGAGGCAGGUAUCAGCGGUACCUGUUGUCGUUCUCGACAGCCUCGGCGUUGGUCAUGGGAGACCAGAAAAGGGUCAUCGGCUACUGGAUAUCCGAAAAGAAGCGUCAAAAGUUUAACUGGACCGAGUUCGAGGAUGUAUGUGCCAAGGAGGGUUUCCUUCUCAAGAUGAUAAACAUUGAAACCAGUCUAGAAUCUCAGGGACCAAUACAUGUUUUUUUCCACAAGUUGACAGAUAUUUUGUCUCAUGCCGAAGAUGGUAAUAAACAUGCUAAAAUCAUUGUGAAAAGAGUACAAGAUUACAUUCGUAAGCACCCUGAAUUGAUAGUUAUAGAUCCGCUUGAAAAUGUUCGCAAUUUGCGGAAUAGACAUAGAUCUUAUGAAAUGAUACAUAACGGUCUUAAGUACGAUGACGAUGUGUUUAUUCCUAACUUUGUUGAGAUAAACUCCAAUUGUCUACCAGAAAUAAUGGAUUCGUUUAGAGAAAAUGGGAUAAAAUUUCCAUGCGUCUGCAAACCUCUAAUUGCCCAAGGAUCGAGUGAUGCUCAUAAGAUGAUGGUGGUUUUUAAUGAACAAGGAUUUUCCGAUAUCCAACCACCAUGCGUAGCUCAAAACUUAAUCAACCACAAUGCCAUUUUGUACAAAAUAUUUAUAGUCGAUGACAAGUAUCACAUUGUUGAGAGACCUAGCCUUAAAAAUUUCUAUCCCAAGGACUGCGAAUUGAUGAAUACUAUAUUUUUCAAUUCGCACGAUAUUUCUAAAAGCGGAUCUAACUCGAAAUGGUCUGUUAUAUCAGCAGAAGAACAUGAUUUAGCUGCAAAGCCAAAGUUUCAAGUUUUUGAAAAAAUUGUUGAGAGAAUUGAAAAAAUAUUUGGUCUUCUGUUAGUUGGGGUAGAUGUCGUGAUAGAAAAUCAUACAGAGAGUAAAUGCCCUACAUUCAAGAAAUGCCUUAGUGAUGAUCUGGAUUCUGGUUUUGAAAGCGACAAAAGAAAAAAGCAGUCUACGUUGUAAUGUCAAGAGAACAAAUCUUUUCGUAAUUAAGACUGUUGUCAAGAUGGAUUUCAUUUUAUUGGUUUCUUCAAUUUUCAGAGUAAUGAAAAUCAAAUUUUUAUGUUUGUGUUAUUUGAAGUAUUGAACCUCAGAUGAACUUCUGGAAUAAUUUUUACAAGUAUCCAUACAUCAUCGUUAAAAACAAUACUUGUGAAAAAAUGACACAUUAAAUACAUCGAAGAAUUAUGCCUGCAUGUUGACAUGUAUCAUUUUAACUGUAAAUCUGAACAUCCAAACUAUUUUUUAAUGUCUCGAUAUAACAGAUCUGCUGAGAAAUUGCUUUAUUAUAUAAUGUGUAACAAGCCGCGUAUCCUCUUCACGGUAAGUAACUGGUAUGUCUUACUGAGGUCAUCUUUAUAAUAUUUUAUCGUGUUUAAAAAGCGAUUAUUUUACUAAUUUAUGUACAUAUGAAAAAAGAUUUAAUAAUAUUUAAAGUUUUGUAAAUAAUGUUAGAAAAUAUUUAAAAAAAUAUUUGUAUGAUUUCGAAAUUCUCGAGGGUAGCAAUAUAAAAUUGUGAACACAGUAGACGAGAAAUCAACCAAAAUCUAUAGUUUUAAUUUACAUUUUAAUUUAAUAAUUAAAUCUACGAUUUAAUUGCGCAACUUUUGUGUUAGUGUAUAUUUUACGGUUCAAAGGAAGCUUAUGGGUAAACAGGUAAUAUAGGUCUUUCACCUGCUGCAUGAAAAUAGUAUAUUACGACACUAGUGCCCGAGCGAAGCGAGAUAUGUCCACACGAGGGUGAAACUACUUUACCGCACUUGUGUCGUAAUACACUAUUUAAUUUAAUUUUUUACCUACUUAUGAAUAGAUUAUGACAGCGACAGUUGUUCUUAUAAUAUCAGAUAACAAAAGAUUGAGUAAUAUUUUUUCAGAUCAGAGUUAUUUUAAUUUAAUUUUAUUUGUAAGUAUCUUGUAAACGAAGAUAAGAUACUUGAUUGAGAAGAUUGAGUUAUUGCUCUCGAGAUGAAUUAAAAAAUAUAUUUGGUGAAAACAAAAUAUGGUCAAAUAUAAUUUUCUAGAUUUAUUGGUUCCUAAUACUCAUAAAAUUUGUUCAAUUAUAUUUAUAAUAAAUAUACGAAAUAGUAUUUAAGUUUUUGAUAGAUAGUAAAUAUUAUAUAAACAAUUUACAGUUUUGUACAUUCUUAUGCUGCAUUGUAUUUCACAUGAAUAAAUUUUAAAACAAAUAUUUCUAUUUAUAAA